AUGUCCCGCCUCCGCCUCCGCCUCACCCACUGCUCCAGCACGCCGAUGUCGCGCCUCCGCGCCCUCCGUCACAGCUCCUCCUCCACCUCCACCUCCCGGUGCUCAACAUCCUGGUCUCCGGCCGCCUCCUUUGCUGCAGCCACGCAGCGCGUCCGCGCCGGAACGCUCAGCCCGGAGGACGCACACCACCUGUUCGACGAAUUGCUGGGGCAGGCCACCCCGGUCCCCAAACGCUCCCUGCACGACUUCCUUGUUGCGCUCGCCCGUGCUCCGGCCUACGACGACCGCAGAAGCGGACCCGCUCUCGCAGUCGCUCUCUUCAACCGCGUGUGCCGAGAAGAUGCCGGCCCCCAGGUAGCGGCGCCCACAGUCUGCACCUACAACAUCAUCAUGGACUGCUGCUGCCACGCACGCCGACCGGACCUAGGGCUUGCAUUGUUCGGCCGUCUCCUCAGGAUAGGCCUGAAGACAAACCAGAUCACCGCCAACACCUUCCUCAAGUGCUUCUGCGAUGCAAAACGGACAAAUGAGGCUGUGGACGUACUGCUUCAUAGGAUGUCUGAGCUUGGAUGUGUGCCUGAUGUUAUCUCAUACAACAUAGUUCUGAAGAGGUUAUGUGAAGAUAGCAGGAGCCAGCAAGCACUUGACCUGCUCCAGACGAUGGCGAAACAAGGAGGUGUCUGUUCCCCCAACGUGGUGUCAUACAGCACGGUCAUCCAUGGCUUCUUUAGGGAGGGUGAAAUAGGCAAAGCAUGCAAUCUCUUCCAUGAAAUGGUGCAGCAAGGAGUUAAGCCCACUGUAGUGACAUACAGCUCAGUUAUUGAUGCGCUGUGCAAGGCCCGAGCAAUGGAUAAGGCAGAGCUGAUCCUUCGGCAGAUGGCUGAUAAUGGCGUUCAACCAAAUAAUGUGACAUACAAUUGCAUAAUCCAUGGAUAUUCCACAGCAGGGCGGUGGAAAGAGUCAACUAAUAUGUUCAAAGAAAUGACAAGCCUGGGUCUGAUACCAGAUAUUGUUACUUGCAACUCGUUCAUGACCUCCCUUUGCAAGCAUGGAAGAAGCAAAGAAGCUGCAGAAAUUCUUGCUGCCAUGGCUGCCAAGGGACACAAACCUGUUAUCAUCUCGUACUCUAUUUUGCUACAUGGAUAUGCCAGUGAAGGAUGCUUCGCUGAUAUGAUCAAUCUCUUUAACUCAAUGAAAGACAACGAUAUUGUACCCAACUGCCAUGUUUUCAGCAUAUUAAUUGGUGCAUAUGCUAGGUGUGAAAUGAUGGAUGAAGCGAUGCUCAUUUUUGCAGAAAUGCGGGAACAAGGAGUGACUCCAAAUGUAGUCACCUAUUUAACUGUAAUAGCAGCACUUUGUAGGAUGGGUAGACUGGCCGAUGCUAUGGACAAAUUCAGUGAGAUGAUUGCUGUGGGAAUACAACCUGACAAUGCUGUUUAUCGGUCCCUAAUUCAGGGUUGUUGUAUACAUGGUGAUCUGGUUAAAGCUAAAGAGUUGGUUUCUCAAAUGAUGAACAAAGGUAUCCCUCGUCCUAACAUCGUGUUCUUCAAUUCAGUAAUAAACAGUCUAUGCAAAGAAGGGAGGGUUAUGGAUGCACAAGAUAUAUUUGAACUUGUUAUACACAUUGGUGAGAGGCCGGAUAUCAUUACUUUUAGCUCACUGAUUGAUGGGUAUGUCUUAGUCGGCAAGAUGGAUAAAGCACUCGGAGUACUUGAUGCCAUGUUCUCAGCAGGUGUUGAGCCUGAUGUUGUUACAUAUAACACACUUGUGAAUGGCUAUUUUAAAAAUGGAAGGGUCGAUGAUGCUUUGGCUCUAUUCGCAGAAAUGCUGCAUAAGAGAGUUAAACCUACAACUGUUACAUAUAACAGCAUACUGGAUGGGUUAUUUCGUGCUGGGAGAACUGAUGAUGCAAAGAAAAGGUUCCAUGAGAUGAUCCAAAGUGGAAUAACUGUCGACGUUUCCAUAUACAAUAUAAUUCUUGGAGGGCUUUGCAGAAAUAAUUGUGCCAGCGAAGCAAUCACAUUGUUCCAUAAAUUAGGUGAAAUGAAUGUGAAGUUUGAUAUCAAAACACUCAAUAUCAUGAUCGAUGCAAUGUACAAGGUUCGGAGAAGAGAAGAAGCUAAAAAAUUAUUUGCUGCAAUAUCAAACAGUGGGUUGGUACCUAAUGCUUAUACUUAUAGCAUAGUGAUAAAAAAUCUUCUAAAAGAAGGAUCACUGGAAGAAGCUGGCAAUAUCUUUUCAUCAAUGGAGAAGAUUGGUUGUGCUCCGAGCUCCCGUCUUGUUAAUGAUAUUAUCAGAAUGUUGUUAGAAAAAGGUGAGAUCGCUAAGGCUGGAGAUUAUUUGUCUAAAGUUGAUGGGAAGAGCAUCUCACUGGAAGCUUCAACUACUACGUUGAUGUUGUCUCUGUUUUCAAGGAAUGGGAAAUAUCAGGAGGAUGUGAAAUUGCUCCCUGCAAAGUAUCGAUUUUUCAAUGGACUUGGUUGAGUGGCUGAUACAUCGCAUAUGAGAUCAACUCCAGAGAAAGCUUAAUGGAUUUUGUGCUCGCAUAAAUCCCUUCUGCCAUCAUAAGAAAUCCAAACUGCCUGCUUGUACCGUUGAGUUCGUUUUGCAGUGUGUCAGAAUCACAAGAAAGUGAAAUGUGUAUGAAUCUAUUAAAUUUUAUGGGUGAGGACAGGUAGAAAAAGUAGUCUAACAUGACUGUCUGCAACCUUAGGGAUAAUGGUGCCUCAUUGCCAUUGGGGAAGAUGUAUGAGCUCACGCCGGAGCCUCUUGCAUUUGUAUCAACUGGUGGAACUUGUCGAAUUGCUGGUGAAAAAUGUGUUUCCAGGCACCAACACCAUCCCGGGUGACAUAGGAGAGGAUUCAAAGCAUUUGCAUGAGGAGAAUGUCUUGCUCUUGUACACCUGCAGUGUGCAUGCCUCUUCGUUUCUAUCUGGAACCCCAAUUCCAAGUCGGUACUGCUAUGCCAGAGCAAGAAUCCAAGUUUUGUCCUUCACCUUCACCAUUUGAUCUUUGGUCCUCUGCUGCUCAACAUUCCACUUCUGAUCAAAUGGCACUCUCAUGCGGAGGAGAUGUCGCUGACAGCUUCACGUCGAUGCGCC